CUGAUUUUGUAUGCUACAUUUUGUUAUAACCUGAGAAAUCUCAGAGAAUUGCGUAGACAGCACUUGCGCCAAUGAGUCUGUCAGAUUUGCUAGAAGCUUUUCUAUUGCUUUUUCAACAGCUUUUUCUAUUAAAUUUGUCAUCGUCUGGGAAAAAGCUGAGUCCAUGCUGAGUGAGUGGCGGGCUGUGACUCCAGCAUAUCCCUUUGUUCUGCUCUGGAUUUCUGCAAGAGCUUCACGACGAGAGCAACGUCUCCUUUCAAUUAUUUCGACCACUUGAAGCUCCUUUGAUCUUGCAGGAUAGUUAGAAUCAUAGGUGGGAUGAUUUCCAUUACACAAACAGCAUGAUUCAUAUUGAGAUGUGCAACUGUUAUCAAAAUGGUCAUCCCCGUAUUUACGGCAUCGAGUGGUUGAUCGGCAACCGUUAGUGCUAUGUCCGAAACGCUAACACUUGAGGGACUGUAGUGCUCGUGGGGCUAGCGGUUGAACCCUGUAAAUCAAUGGCCAGGCCUUAAUCUCUAAUGGGCGAGCCGUCUAUGCAAACGUUGCGAUAACUGUUUCAGUAGCGACCUUCUUGUUAUCGACUACCAUAGUACAGCGGUACGCAGUUACUACACCUGCCAGAGAAAAAAAUGCCUAAGAUUUCUAUUCGACUUAAUCUACACCGCGGACUAGGACUUUGCAGGAAUCUAAGUGAGGUGGGAUGAAACAGCUCACCGGGUGCGUAGCGAAAUUAGUGCAUAUUAGCAGAUCGUGCACACAAGCCUGGUCCGGCGACGAGCAGAGGUGCCCCCCCCCCCCCCCCUCGUCCAAACUGCCGAACCUCGGUGAUUUGCUGGAAGUGAGUGGAGACUGCCCGAAGUUCAGUUUGAAUGGCUUUAGGAUUCCUCAUACGGAUAAUCCCCCCGUUUGUAGGUACCAAAGCCACAUGAACUUUGCUGGUUGCGCUUCGAAGAAACAGCUCCACCGGUAUAUCCUGAGGAGGGAUGGAAGCAGACCAGAGGGAGGCCCUCUGGCCUGGAGAUGAGACAGACAUCAGUUAAAAAUUAACCACGACUUUCAAUCAAAAGAAGGAGAAGGUGUGAAAUAAAACAUUAGAUGUAAGAGAAUAACCACCUGGCUACUUGACAGCAAACCCAGAAGUAGACUGGGUCAGGGCUAGGCGAUCUCCGGCAAGCACUCUCUCUGGAACGGCAGAUGAUGAUGAUGCUGCCUAAAUCAAUGGCACAAACCCAGUGUGGGGCAUUGGCCACGAAAUGGGUGUUAUUAGGAUCGAAACUUAAAAUAAAGUAGUUUUAACUGCAGGAACGGCAGGAGCGGCCGGAACGCCACGCUGCCUCUUCUACUUGAAAUGAAGCUAAAGAAAAAGAAAAAACCAAACAAAUCACGUGAUUUGCGGGGCUCGUGGCUCGCGCGCAUGCUCGGCUCGACCACCCGAGCUGAGCCAUCGCGUUCUUCUGACGUGGCCAUCGAACGAGCAGGACGUGUCCGCAGCUCGGUCCAGCACCGCUGGCGGCGGCCGCCGUCUCAGACUGCAAGCGAAAUCAGCGGAGGUCCACGGACUGACCAGUUGGGACACCGCUUCUGGGAACGAGGACCGGUAGAGACGCAGCUCACCCAGUCAUGGUCUUCGUGACAGGGAGCGCACGAGCGUUUGGUGCUGGGCGGGUCAUCGCCGACGCGAACAAUUUACGCCCCGCUAAACCUGGGUCUGCACCUCAAAGCGCCCCCACCAGGCCGGACCGGUCCGGGCACCUGGCAUGGAGACAUGCGUGGGCUACAGGAACCACCCGGGCCUUUCGUUCAGCUGGACACUUGUUCCAAGUGGGCCGGCAUCACGGCACCUGGUCCGUGGCUGAGCUAGCAUCCCUGGAGAGCUGACGGGGCCGAGUGUUUGGAGCACGGGUACAACUUGUCCUUUUUUUGUGCACCUGGUCCACAAGUCGGGCACGCGGGACGCGCCGGUUCUUGGACCCUGGCGCAGGACCAGCUUGCCCGAUUGUCCUUGGGACCGCAUAGGGUCUUGCUGCGUGUUCAGAGAGCCCUCAGAGUUGUUUGCAAAGACACGGCACGUUCGUGACGCUGCUCUGCAGGCAUAUUCUCGACUACCAAGGGACGCCGGAACAACUCAAGCGCGGUCUACUGUGGCAUCCACGUCAGCCGAUGGCAGUUGUUCGUGAUUCUUCUGCAAAAGCCGAGUCGACGUUGAGCAAUGGAGCUCGCAGUCCACAUGAAGGAAAUCAUCUGGAUUGCGACGCGUACUGCUACACUCACUUCUGCUGAAUCCUGAAAGUUGUGCUUUCGUCGAAGAAGCCGAGUCGACGCUGAGCAAAGGAGCCCACAGCUGUUGAGGCCAACGUGAUUGGGUCCAUCAGCCUACUCGGAGAGCCUUCGCAGCCGACUGCUGUGGACCAAGACAUGGCGCCUUCGUAAAUUUUCUUCUGUGGCCAUAUCGCAUUUUACGGACACGGGUCGUGAAACGUGCUCAGAGAGCCCUCAGAGUUGUUCGCCAAGACACGGCGCCUUCGUGACGCUGCUCUGCAAGCGUAUUGUCGACUACCAAAGCACGCCGUAACAACUCAGCGCGGCCUACCGUGGCAUCCACGUCAGCCGGUGGCAGGUGGCCAUGCUUCUUCAGUAGAAACCGAGUCGACGUUGAGCAAUGGAGCUCGCAGUCCCCAUGAAGGAAAUCAUCGGGAUUGGGACGCCUACGAGUACAUUCACUAAUGAUGAUUCCUCGAAGUCUUGGUUUCAUCGAAAGCUUACCGAGUCGACGCUUAGCAAAGGAGCCCACAGCUGUUGAGGCCAACAUGAUGGGAAUUCCCCUGUGUGGUUCUGGAUGUCGGGAGUGUCAGCAUCGUCUUCCACUUCGUGAACGGAGAAGACCGAGCAGACACCAGUGGACAUCCGAUGUUGCCAUCAGUUGCAUGCGACGUCGUUACGUACUCGUCAGCGAAGCAGUCUUCGCUGCUGUCCCUCCUGGUCUAGCGGCCUACUUCGAAAGCCUACGCCAGUCUAGUGCUGUGGACCAAGACGCAGUGCCCUCGUACAUUCCUGUUUGCGGAUAUGUUUGCGGAAUCACAUUUUAUGGACACGGAAUUCCCUGUGCGGUUCUGGAUGUCGAAGUGUCAGUUUUGUAUUCCACUUCGUCAUCGGAGAAGGCUCUGCAAAUGCCAGUGGACAUGCGAUGUUGCAAUCAGUCGCGUGCGACGCCGUUACGAGCUCGUCAGGGAGGCAUUCGUCGCUGCUGCCCCCGCUCAACCUCCGGCUCCACCAUAGCUCCGCAGAAGCAAGCGGCAGCGGCGGCCGCCAACCCGGCUCACUCACAAAUGAGGGACAACGUCGGGUCUAGCAGCCUACUUGGAAAGCCGUCGCCCAUCAGUGCUGCGGAUCAAGACACAGUGCCUUCGUACAUUGUUUGCGGACAAAUCACACUUUAUGGACACGCGAACUCCGGCUCCACCAGUGCGCCGCAGCACGCGGCAGCGGCGGCCGCCAGAGCGGCUCACUUAUUUAUAUAAACAAGGGACAACGUCGGGUCUAGCGGCCAACUUCGAAAGCCUACGCCAGUCUAGUGCUGUGGACCAAGACGCAGUGCCCUCGUACAUUCCUGUUUGCGGAUAUGUUUGCGGAAUCACAUUUUAUGGACACGGUAAGAACCAUCUGGCACACAUUGUUGGAAUACAGAAACCGAUGUGUGCACUGGAACGCUUUGCGCAAUUAACACUUAGGAGCAUGAUCUUGAAGGAAACCUUUA